CAGCGGUGCCCACGUGGGAGUGGUGGCGGCCGGCCAGGAGCUCCAGCGCUGUGUUAAUGAUUGACUGCCGGGAUAAUGCAACAGCCCAGCCCCUGUGUGCCGGCUGCUGUGCCCCGCUGUGCCCCGCUGUGCUCCGGGGCACACAGACCGGGGCAGCGCCCGCCGGGCACCGGCACCCGCCGCCGGCAUGGCUCCCGCUGGCCUGGGACCGAGCUGAGGGGACAGGUGAGAGAUGGGAGCGGCUCUGACACCUGGAGAGCACGAGAGCUCGGUGCUGAGGGGACAGGUGAGAGUGGCUCUGACACCUGGAGAAUAUGGAGAGCUCGGUGCUGAGGGGACAGGAUCCUCUAGAUAUUACUGGAAUGUAACUGUAGAGAAAAAUGUUCAUUUCUAACAACUCAGUUGUGGGCUUUUAAUCAGACUUGGAUUUCUGGAAAUACUUCAACAUGACUUCAGCUGGGAAUGAGAUAGAAAGGUGGACUCACAGGCAAGGUGGCAGAGCUGGGAAGCUGGUAGAGCCUGUGGCCUCUCCUGAAAAUGACCAUCUUUUGUCAGUGAAGUCAAUCAGCAGCAUGGACCAUCUCUUGCACCUCCCUGGCAGGGCAGACUCUGCUUACAGCUCUUUCUCAGGAGGAUCAAACGUCCCAGAGUACCCCGCACCAUCGUGCCAAGGUGAAUACUACUGUGUGCCUCCAGAGCAGGCCCCGUACAUGGACUCGGAAUAUGUGACAGGAAUUUAUCAUCUCAGUGCUGCCCACUGUGCCCUCAGAUCCCCCCAGCCGCCCAAGGCACCAGAGCUGAGCACCCACAGCAGCUCCCAGAGCUGUGGAAUUACCCCUGCCCAAAGGACUUCAAAUCAGGGCCCUCCAGCCCUGGCAGCGCCUCCGCUGUCCCCUCCCAGGCACCUCGAGAGCUGUAACUCCACUAACAGGAUUUUGGACAAGCCGAGAGAGAGACAAGGCUCUGCAGGGCACUGCAGCAUGCAGCCAGCUCCUGGUGUGCCCCACAGCCAGCCAGCGGGCAGGCAUGGACCAUGGAGGCAGCACUGGGAUGCAGUUGCAGAGCAAGGUGUAGGGCCUCCUAGGGAAAAGCCUCUGGAAAACCAGGGCCUUUCUUCUGAUUUUACAAAGGUAUCAAAAGUUCAGCCAUUAAAGACAGAGGAAAAUAGAGAGUGGAGCCCAUCACAACAACCUACAAAGAGAAGCAAUCCACACGUUUUCAGGAGACCUUCUUCAUUCAUUUUUCAAGAAUAUUUAAAGACAGACUCUGUGGCAAAUGUCCCCAAAAUACUUUCUGCGUAUAAUUCAGGUCAUGGUAACAAAAUUCCCAAAGAGAUGAACUCCAAAUCCUAUCACCAAGCACAUUCCAACCCCAGUGCUGUUAAUGAUACACAGGAAGUCAAACAGUGUCCCAGGGGUGUGUGUAAGCCAGGUGCCAGAGAAGCAGCUCUGCCAAGCACUGUGCCAGGGCCCAGCCAGAGGAAAGAGUCCUUGCCCUGUGCUCAUGGCCCGCUCCGUGCUGAGUGGCAUUCAGACAUGGAUCAGGAUGUGUUUGAGGACAGCUCAGAAUUAAAAUAUAUGGAGAAUGCUCUUCUAAAUAAAAAUGCUCCCAGGAAGCUGAACAGUUAUGCAGACAACAAUCAGUGCUGUGAUUCUGAAGGAAAAAUUAUGAGCAAUAUUAGGGAACCAGUCCCAGACCAGCAAAACAAAGUGCAGAGAUCACCACUGUCCUGCAGCUGCAGUGCUGUGGAAGUGGAGCACCCUCAGUGUGAGGAGCUGGAUCAGGGAAGGAAGCAGUGCUGUGAUGGCACAAGCCAAAUGGCUUUUUUCAGACCAGAGUCCACAUCUCAGUCAUUACGUGAAAUCCAGAAAGGAAACCAGGGUAACAACAGCAGUCCCGACCUCAGCACGUGUCUGGAAGAAGAGGAACCCCACAUCCAGAAACAGCAGCCUGUAUUUCAAACACAGCUCUCAAGACAGCUUCGGGGGGACCACGCUGGUGAACAAAUAACCAGGCAGGCAACUCCCAUGCUUUACUAUCUGUCUGCAGGGAAAACCACCAAUGUCCUGCACCCCAACAAGGACUCCAGGAGCUCACCAAAGGAAAUUCCAUCAAGCAGCUAUGCUGCCACAGCACAGUGUCUAGAGACACAAAGAGAAGGCCAUCAGCUUCAGAGGAGCAGCCACCACCAUCAGCGCAGUGCUGAUGAUCUCCAGCUUCAGAACAAAGAUCUCAUUUUGAGGAGUCCGGCCUCAUUCACAGAAGAGAGUUUCCAGAAUGACUACAUAGAGAAACUUAAAGUGGCUCAGAAAAAGGUUCUCAAAGAAACCUCCUUUAAAAGAAAAGACUUACAGAUGAGUUUGCCUGUCAGACUGAGACAGAAAUCCUCUAAAAGGCCAUCAGUUGAACACCUUCGGUCUUUCUCGUUAUCCAGUGCAAGUGAGGAUGCCAAACCUGUUCCUUGCUCCCCCUCUCAUUUAGAAUCCUUGGAAAGUUUCAAUAGAAAUGAAGAAAUAAGGAAGCCACAAAAAGGUCAAGCAGGGGGAAGGAAAAGGGUAACUCAAGAGCAAAAGAAACUGUGCUACUCUGAGCCUGAGAAGCUCAAUCACCUAAUGGAUAAGGAAAUAUCAUGGAGUCAAGUUAGGGAUGAAACCACUGAGCAAGGUACAGUGGCAUCCAGGAGAAGGGAUCUGGAGAACAGAGGAAAGGCAUUUUCCAGUUCAACUGUCUCCAGGACAGAACUGAAACAAAUCCAGCACAGUGCACUGAUCAAAUACAUGGAACGAAAGAUCAGUCAAAGACCAGGGGCGUCACAACACCUCCCAGUGCAUAAGCCACCCCUGCAGGAGAGGCUGUCAAAUCCCAAAGGUCCUCCUGGCCAGACUUCCAACCCAAAUGGAAGCAGGAUGAUGCAAAAUGAUGAGGUUUUCUGCCAACUUCUCUCUGAACAGAAAUCCCCAGAUGUUUUUUCCCCUUUGCCUUUUGCUCCCCCACUGAACGUGAGCAGCAGGUGCGAUCCCAGCCAAGGGGACAGGAGCUGUACCAGCAAGUGUCCAUCAGCUGAAAGUCUCCCACAGACAGGGGAUUCUGCAUCUGGGAGAGCUUCUGAGAGACCAAAAUCCACUCCUUCUUCCACACAGGACUCGUGCAGAUGUGCCAGAGGUGCAGCAGCACCGCGCCGGAGCUGUGGGAGCUGCCCCGGCACCUCCAGUUUCCAUGAUCCUGAGAAAGAUGGAGCCAAGAGUGGUGAACAUAAUGACAUAACUGGACGUGUGUGCGGUCAGGAUAAAAAGGAGCAGACUCCUGAAAUCCCCAUUCCUGUCCCAAGAGGUGGAAGCAAGGAGAGUGCUCGAGUGGAGGAGGAAUGCAGAACUCAGUCUCUGGGUGGGAAUGCUGCACUCAAGCAUCCAGAGCAGCAGCAGCAACCUGCAGCUCCAGAGCAGGGAGUGCAUCUCCACACAGCACCAGCUCAGCCUCACCAAGGACACAAACAGCCAGCCAAAGGUCUCCUUGCCCAGGAAACAUCCAUGCACAGCGACCACGGGGAUGUUCCCCUGGACAGGGACACACACCUGCCCCAAAGGAGGCUGCAGUCCUCGCAGGACCAGCGAGACCACGAGCUUGCUCUGGAGAUCAUUGCCAAAGACAGCUCUCUGGUGGACAUCCUCAUGCCUCAUCCUCUUAGAAAAACUGCUUUGGACCUGAUGGAGGGCUUGUUUCCUGUUAACAUUUCCAUGCUGGAUAAAUCACGCAGGAAAAGGGGAAAGGCACAGCAUGUGCAGGAAAAUGACAGGAAAAGUCAUGGAGAUGGACCAGAAGAAUGUCCAAAAUCUGAACAUGAAACCAAGCAAAGGAGCAAAAAUCCUGCAUGUUUGAGAAACCAAGUCCUGAAGAGGAACAGAGACAGCACAAACGAGCUGGAUGACAUCACAUCUAAGAAACUGGAACUCAUGGCCAGUCUCCAAUCCAGGCUGCAGGCGCUGUGGGAGGAACAGGAGCUGGUUCUCCUGGAAGUCAGGGAAUGUGCCAAGUGGGGCGAGGAGCUGGAGGUGCUGGUGCGGGAGCUGUGCAAGCCCAACGAGUUCGAGCGCUACCUGAUGUUCAUCGGGGACCUGGAGAAGGUGCUGAGCCUCCUGCUCUGCUUGUCCAGCCGCCUGGCCCGGGUCCAGAAUGCCCUCAGCAGGGCGGAUGGCAGCACGGAACCUGAGGAGAAGCAAUCGCUGAAUGAACGGCACAAGCUCUUGUCUCGACAGCGGGAAGAUGCAAAGGACCUGAAGGAGAAUCUGGACAGGAGAGAACGUGUGGUCUCUGGAAUCCUUGCCAAAUACCUGACAGAGCAGCAGCUCCAGGACUAUCAGCACUUUGUUCAAGUCAAGACCUCCUUGCUGAUUGAACAGAAGGACCUUGAAGAGCAGAUUAAAUUUUUCGAAGAACAAUUAGAAAAUCUCGAGCAAAGCAUCCCCAUCUAACACCCACCACCAGGCCAGACAGUUUUAUAUGUUAUAUGUGAUGUUUCCCUGGAAAUCCACAGGCACUCUCAUCACAGGGCUCAGUUUGCUGGAUUCUUCCAAUCCUGUUUGUGCCACAGCACUGACAAGUGUUCAGAUGUUCUGGGAUGCUCCAGGCACACUCUGGACGUGCCCUCCACUUGGACAGGCCAGCUGACAGCAUCUCACAGUGUGUAGCAAACUGCCUUGUGGACAUGACUGAUAGGAUUCAUUGCUCCUAUUAACUGAAAGUUUAUUUCCCCUUCCUCUUUUCUGUCCAUCUGUUUCCAGAUUGACAUCAUCUCAAUAAAAGAACCAUACAAAUAUUUGC